GCGACGGUGCCCAGCGACCCGGAGUGUUCAGUGACCAAGGGAUGCUUCUCCGAGUGCUCGGGGGACGCCUGUGAGUUUGUGGUCAGCUGGAGAGUAGAUGGAGACUUCGGCCUGUACACUCUGACCUCUGACAUAGGCUCGACCACCGCCGGCUGGAUCGGGCUGGGGUUCUCUGCCGACCAAAAUAUGCUAGUGGGAGAGAAGGAGUACUUGAAAGGUCAUCCGAUCAUGGGUGUCAUCGUCACCUCAUUGGCCGUCAUCAAUUUGUCACCAUUUUCUUCGGCACCCAGCUGGGCCGCGCCGACUCCCCUGACUACGUCAUCUACAUCCUGGCGGCCUUCGUGGUGUGGCAGGUGGCGCUGGAGCUGUUCCUGGUCGCUGUUAGCGUGUACGGGGGAAGAAAAGUGACAGAUGGAAAGUCCGCCCCCCAAAAGAGCGUUGAUGUCCUCAAGAAAUUUGUCCUUGUCCUUCACCUGAUGGUGGUCAGUGCACUGACCUCUGUGCUGGUGGCGCUCGUGGUGGUGGGCAAGACGGGGCUGGCGGACUAGUGCUCUCCCCUUAACAAAGGCAUAGAGAAAAUAAGAGUUGAUGCUGUCUCCAUCUAAAAUGGCAUAGAGGAAAAAAAGCAAACAGUUGAUACUUCCCCCUCGACAAAAGCAUAGAGGAAAAAAAACAACAACAGUUCUUUCCAUUUUCUAAACAAAAGAAUAGAGACAAAAAACAAAACAAACCCAAAACAACAACAAACCAGUUGAUGCUUUACACUCACCAAUAGUUUUGAUUUUUAAAAAAAUCAGUUGAUGCGCUCCCUUGUACCAAAGAAUAGAGAAAGUAAGAAUUAAUGCUCUCCCCUACCCCCCUUUUCCCUGAGCAAAAGCAUAGAAAAAAUAAGAAUUGAUAUUCUCCCCUCAACAAUGGCAAAGAGAAAAUAAGAACUGAUGCCCCCCCCCCCCACCCAACCCCUACAAUGGCAAAGAGAGGGAAAAGAAAACAGUUUAUGCUCCCCCCUGAGCAAAAGCAUAGAGAAAAUAAGAAUUGAUGCUGUUCCAUGAACAAAAGCAGAGAGGAAAUAAGAAUUGAUGCCCUCCCCUGAACAAAAGAAUAGAGAAUAUAAGCAUUUAUGCUCUCCCAUCAUCAAGAGCGUAUGGGGAAAAUACAAAUUGAUGCUGUCCCCUCAACAAAGCAUUGAAAAAAAAAACCCAACCAAAACAAACCGGUUCUUGCGAUUCCCUGAACAAAAGACUAGAGAAAAAA